AUGCUGCUGGACCUGUCGAACUGCCACCUGCGGAGCCUGGAGGACUCCGACGUGAUCCUGGAGAAGCUGAUCGAGCAGAACGCAGACUACACGAGCGUGACCUACCUAGACGCAUCCAACAACUCCAUCCGCUCGCUAAAAGGACUCAGCUCUUUUGAAAAUCUGAAGACCCUAAAUAUCUCAAACAACUGCUUAACUUCCUUGGAUGGAGACUUCAUCCCCCCCUCCACGGAAAAAAUAAUUGCUCACCAUAACGACCUCACGGAUAUAUGCUUCAAGGGGGUUAAGAAGCUACCAGGGGUGAAGAAUCCAUCGGGGGGAACUCAGCAGAAAGAAGUGCAGAGUGAUUCGCACCAUGGGGGGGAGACAAAAGAGGAGGGGAGACCCAAGUGCGGUGCACCCCCCUCGAGUGCUGUCUCUUGCCAGGAGGAGAAAGGAGAGGACUCACCCAAUUCUUCCUACGGCGACUCGUACAGAAGCCACGUAAUGAAUGAAAAAAUAUUUUACACUAAUGGAGACUUGCCACUUAACAGACUGGCAUUCCUAGAUGUGAGCUUUAAUAAAAUUAAAAAGCUAACCACCUUCGAGAGGUACCUACACAUCAUAAAUAAGAAGAAUCGAGAGAGGAGCCUCGAAGGAGGGUACUCAGAUGAAGGACACAUAAAAGAAUUUAUUUCUAAUAAAACUGAGCAAGAUGUUAUGCUGUUGUUUUUUAAUUCCCUAGAUACUCUCUACCUUCGGGGGAAUAAACUCACCAACUUAAAAGGAUUAAGUGUUUUUAAAAAUUUGAAAGUUUUGGACCUCCGCUCCAAUCUGAUUAACCACCCGGUUCAACUGUUUUACCUCCUCGACAACAAGAACUGGCUGAAGCGAUACAAUGAGGAGCACUCCACUGGCAGCUUCUCCCCCGGCUGCCGCUUAACUGACUGCCGGUCGUACUUCCUCUCCGUCCUGCAAAAGUACAGGAACCUCAAGUGCCUGCAAAACCUGUUUCUGCGGGGCAACCAGCACGUGCUCAGGCCCAAGCACUUGUUCCUCAGCGUCUGCGACGUCCUCCGGUGCGCCAACGCGCGCGGCCGCUUCACCACGGACGUAGCGGGGGGGGAAGCGGGGGAGGAAGCGGAUGCGGUAGGUGAGGAAGCGGAUGCGGUAGGUGAGGAAGCGGAUGCGGUAGGUGAGGAAGCGGAUGCGGUAGGCGAGGAACCGUAUGAGGUAGGCGAAGAACCGUAUGAGGUAGGCGACGACGCGCUGGACGCCGAGGGAGAGGAAGACCUGGUGAGCAAUCUCCUCAGCGCCGCCAGCAACAGAGCGGUCAGCCAAACGGGGGAGGGGGGAUACUCAGACGGGGGCGACUUAGACGAGGGCGACUUAGACGAGGGCGAUUCACAUGGAGGCGAUUCAGAUGGGGGAUACUCAGAUGGGGGCUAUUCAAACGGGGGCUAUUCGGAUGAGGCCUACUUAGACGAGUCCCUCACCGAUAGGGGAAAGGAGCCGUCUGAACAGGUGCAGAAUUUGAGGAAGGCGGUGGUGCCCAGUUUGGAGGCCAGCUUGUCGGCCAGCUUGGUGGCGAACGAGGCUGGAGAGAGUAACCUUCCCGUGAGGCACCAGAUAAGAGGAGAGAGGAAUGCCCCCGAGAAGGCCAGCGAGCCAAACGGCUUGGCGAAAAGAAGGGGCCCCCCGAACGGCGCGGGGGAGUUGGAGGAGACGAGUGCGUACCGCUACCUGAGGGAGGAGAGAGACGACGUGCACGAGGAUGCCGCCCCAUCGGAGGAGGCACCCGAGGAUGCCAUCCCAUCGGAGGAACUUAUAGAAAAGCUCAUUAACCGAAUAAGCCGGAAGGUGUCCACGAAUACCCCCAAGUUGGUAACACCCAUAAGUGGAAGGACAAAAGACAACGUGAAGGAGCGACGUUUCCGUGGGGAGGAACCCCCCGUGAUGGAGAUAAGCCAUAGGGGAUCGAUUAAUGGUGGGGGAAAAACCCAGGGGGUGAGGGUCUCAAGCGUUGAAGGUGAAAGUGGGUCGACGUAUGAAGGAGUGGUCAGGCAGGAGGGGCUCGGCGAUUCGUCUUGCGAUGGAGGAGAAGCCGACGAAUUGGAAGCCGACGAAUUGGAUGCCGACGAAUUGGAUGCCGACGAAUUGGAUGCUGAACGACCCGCCGCUCCCCCAAAUGGCCUGCUCCACGUUGCCCGCGCGCGCAGCGCAGUGAAUGUCGAGGAGGACGAAACGAGUUGCUCCUUCUCCUCCGUCGUGAAGACCAACCAGGCGAAGAGCGUUUUAAAGGAAAUCCUAAUCGGCAGCAAGGGGCUGGACAGGUACAGCUCCCACAACUCUUCCUCCAUGGGCAGCGACGUUUUUGAAGGCGACUCGGAUGGGGCGAGCACUGCGGGGGAGGACCCAGCGCGGGGGGACACCACACGGGGGAAGCCAACACAGGGGGGGACUACACAGGGGGAACCAACGCAGGGGAAUAAUCGGAGCGGAAAAGGCGUGGGUGCAGGUCAAAUUAGGGUUGCACCCCAGAAGGGUAGUCACGCCGAUGCAGCGUUAACUGCUCGCAUGAGGGAGCACAAGCGUGGAGAGGGCAACGGAGGGGUUCCCCCCAACGAGCGAUUCUGCAGGGAAGGCAACGGAGGAGUUCCCCCCAACCCGGGAUUCUUCAGAGGCAGUCAAGCGGGCAAAACGAGGGGAGCAGGUGAACCAAAUGAUGAGAAGAUAAAAUGGCUAGCUAAAAAGGGGACUCUCAAUGAUGAAGUCCAUGUGAAGAACGCCAAAACAGCAGCUUCUGGGAAUGGCGCAAAAGGAGACUGUCUCGAUGGAAGGAGAAAGUCAAAGGGUGGGGGGAACUUUGCCUUGGUGACUAAGGGAGUAGCUAGCAGGAGAACCAACGUGGGAGACCCACCAGGAGAGAAAGGCACUCUGAAGAGAGCGAGCGAAAGGCUGCGCACAAGUGGAGAGGCGAAAGAGGAAAAACAAAUUUCCAAGGAGGGAGAGAAAAAUGAGACAAAAGUGAAUGACAGGGAGAUGCGGGAGGAGAGGAAGAAAGCGUUGAUGGGGCUUCUUAAGCUAGACCUAUGUAAAGGUGAAAAGGGGAAGAGACGUGGGAGAGUAGACACGAGUAACCACCCAUGUGUGUACCAGUCGAAGGAUAAAAAAUGCGGUGACUACUCUGCAUCUGUCAAAUCAGAAUCCACAGACGUAACCGAGAGGGACUCACGUAAGCAUGUCCUCCAGGGGGAAGAGAAGCUCCGCUUGAAUUUCCCCUACGGCAACGACUUGGGGGAGCUGCACAGGGCGAGGGGGAUCAGCGUCUACGCGUACCCGGUUCGCAUACAGGGGGUCACGGCCGCAGGGGGGGGGAGCGGAAAGGGGAGCGAAGGGGGGAGCGAGGAGGGAAGAACCCAUGACAAAGAAGGCAGCCACGAUGAGGAAGGCAGCCACGAUGAAGGAGGCAGUCACGAUGAGGAAGGCAACCACGAAGAAAGCAACCACCAACUAAGCAACCGCGACGAAUUAAGCAUGCCUGGGGAAGAGUCCCCCGAGGGCCCCGCCCCCUCCAGCAGCGCCGAAAUCCUGCAGAGACUGAGCGACCUGCAAGCGACCAGCGAGAAGGACGCGACCCUCAGCAACAGCCUGGCCCUGCACCUGAAGGAAGUCUGCCUCACGCUCGGCAAAGAAAAGCAACAGAGCGAUAUCCUUCUAGGCCAAAAUGAGAAGCUAGAGAUAGAAAUAAAGCGGCUAAAAGAAAGCAAGCAAAAGCUAAAGACAAAAAUGAAGAAACUGGAAGACUGCUACAAGCAAAAGUGCAAACUUGUCAAGAGGUACCAGCACAUGAGGCGGAGGUUCAAAGUGGUCGAGCAGGAUCAGGUGGAAAUGCCCGACGAUGAUAUGGAUCACCAGAACAAAUACAUCGAAAACGCGAUGGAGCAGCUCUACAACGUAUUCUCCGACGUGUUUGGGGAAAACCACGUCAUGACGAAGAGGAUAGAAAGCCUAGCCAAUGUGUACAUAAAAAAGGAGAAGAGCGUGGAAAUACAAAUGGUCACGCAGAGGAAGCAACUGGAGCUUCUAAAAAACGUGGAGGAAAUCGUAAAAAAGAAAAACGAGUACUACUGCGAGCUGCAGAAGAAGAACGAAAUUAUUGCCAGCUUAAAUAGCAAUUUGGCCAAAAUAACACAAAGCGUCGCGGACAUGAAGAAUGGCGUUCUCGAAAGCGAACAGAAGAUGAAAGACUUGACGGCGCAGCUGGCGAAGAAGGAGGCCCUCCUAAAGGAAUUCGAAAGGAAAAACAGCCAAAUGAUGGACGAAAAGGAGAAGCUGUUUCAGAAGGAACGAGCGCAGUUGCUGGACCUACUCAAUGGUAAAGACGAAAACGUCAAAAGCGUGAAGCACUACAAAGAAGAAAUAAAAUGCCUGGAAGAUAAACUGAAAAACUAUUUGGACCGCAAUGUGCACAGAAUGCACGACAAGAACUACGAACUGAUGGUCGACAAGCUGCACGACGAACAAAUAAAAAUGCACUCCCUGCUGACCGAGAAGGAAAAAAUUAUUAACGAGAAAAACAUCCAAAUAGAGAACCUGGAGUCCCAGUUGCAGUCCUGGGCCGACGAGGCCACCAACUGGGUGGUCGUGGCGGACAAGCACACCAAACUGAUAACGAACCAUAACAUAUUGAAGAAAAACUACGAAGAGCUCAAGUACAAAUACAUCAUGGACAUGAAAUACGUCCAAACGAACAAAAACGAGAAAGUGAAGGAGCUGAUGCGGAAAUACGCAUAG